CUGAGGUAUCCACGUGAGGCCUUUGGUAGAACAGCUGUGUUUCAGCACCUCGGAGAGCGACGGAAGCCUCACCUGCUGGACCGAAACAGUGGGUCUGGUGUUGUUUCACCACCAGCGCUGCUCCCAGCUCAGAAGCCCUCACUUGCAAACAGAAACGUAUGGUUUGCGUUUGAGGUAUUAUGUUACACCCAUCUUCACCCAAUCACAACACUCCCCAAAAUCCUCCUGCCCGCUCUCUGCUAUAAGAGCUCGGGUCGUCCCAGUCUGGCAGACACCUCUCCAUCUCCGUGGCGCACGAGAUUUCGUAACAGGGCGCAAGUCCACACCCCAGAGCAGGCCCCUAUAGUUUUCCCCUUCAGGAACCCCUUUCGUAACGACCCCUCGCCCAUGGACAGCGCCGGCAACAGCGAGGAGGAGACCGAGCGCCAGCUGCCUCGGAGAGGAGCGAGGAAGAGGCGCACCGCCCGGAGGAGCACGGACGAAGAGGAAGAGGAGGGAGACGCGGAGAGCCCCGGGCCCGAGAAGAAGAGACGCAGGCAGAGCUGCGACGGCGGAGGUGGAGGAGGAGGAGGAGGAGGAGGAGGAGGCAGCGAGGCCAGCGGCGGCAGCAGCCCCGCGCAGUCCUUCGACGACCUGCAGACGCAGCGCGUCAUGGCCAACAUCCGCGAGAGGCAGCGGACGCAGUCCCUCAACGAGGCGUUCACGUCCCUGCGCAAGAUCAUCCCCACCCUCCCGUCGGACAAGCUCAGCAAGAUCCAGACGCUGAAGCUGGCCGCCCGGUACAUCGACUUCCUGUGCCAAGUCCUGCAGAGCGACGAGCUGGACGCGCGGGGAGCCAGCUGCAGCUACGAUGGGGGGCGCGUGGUCCCUGUCCACCACAUCCCACUAGCCGGGGCUCGCGUCCCCGGGGGAUGUGACCGUGAGAUAAUCCAGACUGAAGAACCAGUGGAUAAGGCCAGUCCUUCCAACAGGCUAAAAAGAGUCUAAGCUGAUGUGCUUCAGGCCUCAGAGGAAUGCAGCCUUUUCAUAUUUCCCUUUUGCAAGGACUGUGAUGUUUGCAAGGGAGCACUUAAGACAGACAGGACGGAUAUGAAGGAAAAGAGAGACCACUGCGACUAUGAAUGUUGUAAAAAACAAACAGACUCUGACAAACUACUCUGUUUUGAAACAUGAGAGGAGAUCGACAAUCCACUCCACAUUCCCUGUGACAGUGUUUCACAGAAAAUGAAGCCUUUUGUAUUUAUUUUUCUAUACAGGUAUGAAAUUCCUAUCCCUACAUCUCAAAUAAAAGUUAUUUAUUUUUGGGGAAAUCUCAGAAUGCUGAAUGGAUCCAGACUUUGAGUAUUUUGUGUCUUGUAAAUAUUUGCUAUCAUGUUGAAUAAAAAACAAACAAAUGAAGGUAUCUAUCCUUUCUCUCGAUUAUCUGGACAUUCAUUUCAGCUUUUAGUAGAAGGGUGCUUCAAAAGAAAGUAGAAUUACAUGACUGUCA